UGAGGCGGCGUCGUCCACUCUCCGCCGAGGCGGCCUAAGUAACUGCAGCUGCUGAGGCGGGGGUCCGAGCCAAUCAGCUGCAGGAAGGGGCGGGACUUCCUGCUCGGGGGCCGGAGCGGUGCGGUCUCCCGGCUCUCCGAGGUCCCAGCUCCGUGGCGGCGGCAGCGGUAGCGGCGGCGUCUCCGUGAGGAGGCGUGCGGAGCCAUGACGUCAGCGUCCACAAAGGUCGGAGAGAUCUUCUCCGCGGCGGGCGCCGCUUUCACGAAGCUCGGAGAGCUGACGAUGCAACUGCAUCCCGUGGCCGACUCUUCCCCCGCGGGUGCCAAGUGGACCGAGACGGAGAUAGAGAUGCUGAGGGCUGCUGUGAAGCGAUUUGGGGACGAUCUUAAUCACAUCAGCUGUAUCAUCAAGGAACGGACAGUGGCUCAGAUAAAGGCCACCGUGAAGCGCAAGGUAUAUGAAGACUCUGGCAUCCCCCUUCCAGCUGAGUCGCCUAAGAAAGGGCCCAAGAAGGUGGCAUCUGGUGUCUUGUCGCCUCCUUCAGCUGCCCCUCCACCAAGCAGCUCCAGUGUCCCUGAGGCCGGGGGUCCCCCCAUAAAGAAACAGAAGGCUGAUGUGACACUCAGUGCUCUGAACGACUCCGACGCCAACAGUGACCUGGUGGAUAUUGAAGGGCUAGGAGAAACUCCUCCAGCCAAGAAACUCAACUUCGACCAGGACAGCCUGACCCUGGAUUCUGGCCUUCUCAUGACCUCUGCUGAUCCUCCUCUGCUCUCUCGCUGACCUUCCACCUCUUACCCCUCUCACUGUUCAUCUUGGACCUGUGGAUCACCUGGGACUCUGAGCAAGGCCUGCAUGACAGAGGGUCGAAAGGCUGCUGGGGCUGCCCACCUUGCUGUUCCUGUAUAAGCAUCUGCCCCCAACCCCUUUGACCUCCGUCGGAUGGACACUUUUAUACAGAAAACAAUAAAGAUUUCCCUCUCAGCUU